GGCCGGUCCCCUCGGCGCGCUUUGCGACGGCGCCGUGCGGCAGCGGCGGUUGGCGCCUUUGUCCUGGCGGGCGGCGGCCUGAGGCGGCGCGGGCCCGGCGCGGCGAGUUGGAUUUGGAACGAAAGCAAAAUGGCUCGAGGACGCAAGAGCAAUAGCAUCAAACAGAGCGACUUCACUAACAGCACCAAUCCGCAGGAUUUAGAGAGAAGACUUUUUGUCGGCAAUUUGCCCACAGACCACAUGACUCGUGAAGAAAUGGAAGAGAUAUUUUCAAAAUAUGGCAAAAUCAGGGCCCUCAGCAUGUACCAUGGCUAUGGGUUCGUGCAGUAUGACCGUCUAGAAGAUGUCCAGGCCGCUCUGGACGGUGAGAAGGGUCGCCUUUAUAAAGGGUAUAGAUUAGAUAUUAAUAAAGCAGCGGAAAGAAGAAAUAUGAAUAAGGCUUCAUCAAGGUCCAGUCCGGCACGAAGAGAGCCAUAUGCCUAUGGGGAUGGCCGAGAUACCAGACGCGAUCGCUCCCCUCUUCGGGGGAGCCCACGGAGAGAUCCCAGAGAUGGCAGGGAUGGUAGAAAUGGACGAGAUUCCAGAGAUGCUCGAGACAUUCGAGCUAGAGACAUGCGUGAUGCUAGAGACCACAGGGACCCACGGGACCUGCGAGACCUUCGAGACCCCCGGGAUAUCAGGGAUCCAAGAGACUUACGGGACCCUCGUGAUGUUAGAGACUUUCGUGACCCACGGGAGCCGCUGUAUGAUCGAUACAGGGACCCACGGGAUAUGAGGAAUCCACGAGACAUGAGAGAUCCACGUGAUGCGAGGGAUCCGCGGGAUAUGAGAGACCCUCGGGACCCUCUGUACAGACGAGAUGAAACUUACGACCGUUAUCUUCGCCUUGAAGACUACUAUCGGCGGAAGGAUGACUCUUAUUAUGACCGUUACAAAGAGCAUUUUGAUAGAGCACCGGUGAAUUCAGAAGACCGUCUCAAGCGUGAAGAGCGACGACGAGAGGAGCUUUACCGUCAGUACUACGAGGAAAUCAAGAGACGUUUUGAUGCAGAGAGACCUGUGGAUUGUUCUGUGAUAGUGGUGAAUAAACAGACAAAGGAGUACGCGGAGUCAGUGGGGCGGAAGGUGCGGGAUCUGGGCAUGGUAGUGGACCUGAUCUUCCUCAACACAGAGAUGUCACUGACGCAAGCCCUGGACGAUGUGAGCAGAGGAGGGUCUCCUUUUGCCAUUGUCAUCACCCAGCAGCAUCAAGUUCACCGUUCUUGCACUGUUAACAUCAUGUUUGGCACCCCACAAGAACACCGCAACAUGCCACAAGCUGAUGCCAUGGUGCUGGUGGCAAGGAAUUACGAGCGCUACAAAACAGAGUCACGGGAGAAGGAGCGUGAAGAAAUUGCCCGGCAGGCUGCCAAGAUGGCAGAUGAGGCUGUUCUGCAAGAGCGAGAGCGCCCACCCCCUGUGGAGGAGGGGGCCAGAGGGGGUCACCCUCCAGGGAUUCAGACUCUCUUGAACCUUCUGGCAGACAAUCGCUAUCUGACUGCUGAGGAGACUGAUAAAGUAAUCAAUUACUUGAGAGACCGGAAAGAAAGGUUACUUAGGGGAAGCACUGAUUCUCUGCAGGCACCUAUGUCAAGACAGUCUCUGGGAGCACCUUCAGCAUCGUCUCUGGGCAGUCAGUCCAGCCUUCCAAGCGCUCAGGCUCAUCAGGGUUCACAGCCUCUGGUCUCUGCUCCUUCUGUUCCAGUGUCCUCUGCUAAUCCUCAGCAGGAGCUUCAGGCAAAAAUCCUCAGUCUCUUCAACAGUGGGGCAGCAGCAGCUGCUGUAGCAAACAGCAGUUCUGCAACCUCUGCGGGCACAUCGGGUGGCACGCCGAGUCAGAACUUCGCUAGCAUGGCCAGCGGUCAGGCCCGAUCAGCACAGAUGAGUGCUGGAAAUUUAAACCAGGCUCAGCAGAGAUUGCAGACUCCAAGCGCACAGCUUCCUGCUCUCCAAGGCCCUUCAAGAAAUGCAGGUCCAAGACCUGGAGCUCCUCCGCCAGCUCAGGCACUCUAUGGCCAGCACCAGAAUCGCCUCCCUGCCCCUGGCAGCGUACCUGCUCAAAGGCCAGUGUCAUCUGGUAUCAACUUUGACAACCCUAGUGUACAGAAAGCCUUGGACACCCUUAUCCAGAGUGGUCCUGCACUCUCCCACCUAGUGAGCCAAACAGUGGCUCAGGGGCGAGCAGGGUCCUCUGCCCAGCAACCCAUGGGUUCCUACCAGCGACACUAUUAAAGCUGAGCUGUCAAGCCCUUUCCCCUUCCCUUUGCCAUUCCAUACUUAUAGCUGUUUAAAAAGUCUCCUGUUCUUGACAUGGGACAAAUGCCCCUGGAUAUGCAUGUCCUCUCCACUUUGGUGAGAGUGUACUCCCAGUGGCAUUGCUGCUGAGUAUUGCUAGUGCUGCCCUUCCUCACUUUGGUCUGGAUAGCAGUGUUCGGAGAAGUAUAUUUUAUUUUCUCAGUGGCAGAAUAUGCUGAGAGCCACUGUGGGUAAUUGAUUGUUCUGUCUAAGCACAGAAGCUGCUGCAAUGACGGUCCUUCUGCUUUUUUCUCACUCCCAUUAGCUGGCGCAUCUUCACCACGCAGUGCAGUCUGGUCUCACCAAAUGGUCUUAGCACAGUUUUGGGUCAGUGGUUUUGAGAAAAUGAGAUGGGACUGAACAGAGUGGUACCCUGACAGGGCCCUCUGGGGAUGCAUCUUUUUGGAAGGGGCACUAUUUUUCUUUGGAUUUCUUUUUUCAGGUUUUUUUUUUCAAUGCCAUAUAAACCAGUCUGAGAGAGAAAAAUACAGUGGUAGCACUAGCAGCUGUAGCACGUGCCUGACCAUAACUCCAUAAGCCAUGACAGUACCGUUCAGUGCUUCUGUAGCUGGGCUGUCCUGUCCUGGCGGAGUGAGGCUGACAAGUGCUCCUCACCUCACCCAGCAUAUGGAAAAUGGCAGUUUUGGUCCAAGCACAGUGGUGGAUCGGAAACACAAGAGCUUCUGGGUGAGGCAGAGAUUUCAAGUGGUCAGUUGAUUUUCCUACACCCAAGCCAAGUCGUCAAUUUUAAGUUCAAUAUAUUAAAUUUGGUAUAUAAAUUUCCUUUUCUUACAAUCUUGCUUCGGCACAGUUGGUUACUGUAGCCCAACAGCUCAGCCACACUGAUGUGCUGCCGGACCUGUCUUGCAAAUACCUGCAGCCAGUUAUCAGGUGGUGAAUGUGUGCUCUCAGAAACUUCAUCUGUUAGUUGGUGUUUUGUCCAUCUAAUGUGGAGAGGCAGUGCCAACAUGCAAUACUAUAAUUUUAUACAUUUUUCAACACUUUGGUAGCUGCAGUGGACAGUUGAGUGGAAAAUCGGGCAGUGAUAUUUCGCCGUGUUUUUAACCAGUAACAUAAUUUGAUACCAGAAUACAAAACUUCUCUAUUUUGUCCUCCCUUGCACAGUCUUUGUGGAGUCUGUAGGCUUCCUGCAGAACCGAAAGAUAAUAAGAAAGCAACGUUUUGGAGCAGAGGAUUUUUUUUUUUGUCCUAGGUGGUUUGUGUUGUAGCAUUUUUUUUUCUUUCUGUGCUGUUAACAAAAGGACAUUACUUUUUAAUAAAAAGACAGGAAAAACAUUUUGUUGCAUUUUUGAUGCCUAACAGCUUGAUUACUGCUGGAAUACAUUAUUCCACUGCGUUUGCCAUUACCCUCUUCUUCCAGGUAAGCUGCUUCAGAUGCUGUCCAGCACUGGAUGCAAAGUGGAAAGUGAACAAACCUUACCGUGCCUUUCUGUGAGAAUACUGUGGUCUGUCUCAGUUUAUAAUACUUUGGUACUUACUGUCACUCACUGGACGUGGACACUGUGGAACAGAUCAGCCCGUGUGCUUGUUCAGGGACCAGCUCUUUGGGGCUCUGUGUGACGGGGGCCAAUGUGAGAGGCCCAAAAGACGCUCUAGCAGCUGUGGGCCUCCCUCAGCCCAGUGACCAGGGGGCCCAGUGCUGGAGCUGCGCUUGCUGUUAAUUGAACAGCUACCGCUUAAAGCUGAAGCUACCACUCCCUAUGCAUUUUGGCACCGGCCUCCCUUUGUGCUGCCGUUGUUAGAAAACCUGCAAUUAAAUAGAAGUCUGUCUCUCUACUUUCUUUCCUCUUCAUCCGUUUCUCCCCUUCUGCAACCCAGAGGCUUCCAUGAACUUAAACAUGGGAACAAAAUCCCAUUGUAGAUGUGAUUUUUUUUUUAAUUUAGCAUAGCUUUUGAUACUUUCUCUGGCAGUAUCCUUCUGGACAAAAUAUCGAGAAUACAGCCAAACACGUAUUAUGGGGGGUGAACAAUUGGCUGACAGGUCAGGCUCCAAGGGUCACAGUAGAUGGGGUUGCAUCAAAUCAUCAAUCAGUCAUCAGUGGGGUUCUGCUGGGUGCCACAAACAGGGUGAUGAGAGGCUGGAGAGCAGCCCCACGGAAAGGGAUCUGGGGGCUUUGUCGGGCAGCGAGCUGACCCUGGCAGCCAGGAGGGCCAGUCCUCCCCUGGGUGCUUCAGGAACGGCACGGCUGCCGGCCGAGGAAAGGGGUCCUGCUCUGCUCGGCCUCGCCUCGAGCACUGCGUGCACCCCGGGACAAGGACAUAAAGCUGUUAGAGAGGGACAGGACCCGAGGGAACGGCACGGAGCUGCGGCAGGGGAGGGUCAGGUGGGUGUCAGGGGAAGGUUCUGCACCCAGAGGUGGUCGGGCACCGAACAGGCUCCCCAGGUGACAGCACCGAGCUGCCAGAGUUCAAGGAGCGUUUGGACAGCGCUCAGACACGGGGUCUGGUUUUGGGUGGUCCUGUGCGGAGCCAGGAGUGGGACUUGGUGAUCCUGGGGGGUCUGUUCCAACUUGAGAUAUUCUGCAAUUCCAUAAACUGUGGCACUUAGCUGUUCCUCUCAUGCUUUGCUUCCUCUGCAAUCUGACGCUCCAGUUGUUGGUUGCUCCUUGUUAUUGAAAUGGAGGCAGCCAAGUGCAAAGUAGCUGUGGAGACCCUGCAAGCAAGUGAAAACCCCAUGCAAGCAGUGAAGGGUGUAAUAAAAUCAUUUAUUGCAUUUUGUGCAGACAGGAGUCUAGAAAAAUGAAUACAGGUAAAGCAGUAAAGCAUUAACAGGGAGCAUUCAACAGCUGAGGAGCCACUCCUCCAUUAAUACCUGCACAGAGAACACAGGGUCUGUACUGAGGCGGCCUAACGCACAAUACUGAAACAGUCACAGAAAUUAAAUGCAAGCCUAAUACUCUUUUUUUUUCUUCUUUUUUCUUUUUUGGUUUGUAACCUGUUUUAUUUACAAGGUUUUAAACUUAAUUGCAUUGCUCUGCACACAGAUUCUCUAAAACACAAAGCAUACUAGGUCACUACAUGUCUAUUGAAAUAUUGCACUCGAAUAAAAGUCACUUGAAUGGACGCAGAACAUCUAGCUACAGUGAUUAAAAGAUUAUUG